CGACGACGACCGAUCGCGCCUGUCGCUUCCCCCACCGACUCCCGUCUCAAACUCCCGUCCGACUCCCGGUUUAGCACCAGCCGAUACUCGGGUUGACCGCCGGCUUGCUGGGCGAAACACGGCGCCAACUCGCUCGGUCUGACCUGCGCUUCGAGUCACCAUGAGCAGCAGCCGGAUGGAUGCAGGGCUUCCAGCCCAGCCGAACCUGCGCGUCACAAUCAUCGCCGCCGAUGGCUUAUACAAACGAGAUGUCUUCAGGUUUCCCGACCCGUUCGCAGUCGCCACCAUCAAUGGUGAGCAGACGAAGACGACGCAGGUUUCCAAGCGAACAUUGAACCCGUAUUGGAAUGAGAGCUUCGACUUCAAAGUCAACGAGGAUGGUAUACUUGCCGUACAGGUCUUUGACCAGAAGAAGUUCAAGAAAAAGGACCAAGGAUUUCUUGGUGUCAUCAAUAUUCGCAUCGGAGAUGUUAUUGAACUGAUCGCCGAAUCUGACGAUCAGAUGCUCACGCGAGACCUAAAGAAGUCGACUGAUAACCUUGUGGUACACGGAAAGCUCAUCAUUAACCUCUCCACCAACCUGUCGGCCCCCACCCGCGUGCCGCCACCGCUUACGGCAUCAUCGAGCCGGCCCUCCCUCCUGAGCCCGCAGACUUCCACUGUCUCUAACGGCGACCGUGCUUCUGAACGACCUACAUCAGCCAUGUCGGGCCCGAACGGCACACCGACACUGGGUGGCCCGCAAUUGACCAUUCCCCACCGCCCAGCGAGCCUAGUAUCGACGCAAUCAACUACCGCCGCGCCUCCGCCCCCUAUGAACGGUUCGGCACACCCCCGGCAGGCGAGCAGCACGCUCAGCCCGUUCGAGGACGCGCAGGGCCGUCUACCGGCUGGGUGGGAGCGGCGGGAGGACAACCUCGGGAGGACUUAUUACGUCGAUCACAACACGAGAACGACGAGCUGGACCAGGCCGACGGGCUCAGGGGCGGCCGAGGCGCGCGUGGCGGAAGCCAACACACAAGUCGAGCGGCAGAGGCAUCAGAACCGGACGCUGCCUGAAGACCGCACGGGGUCGAACUCACCCACGCUGCAAGCACAGCAGGCGACCCAGGCUGCCAACGCCAGCACCAUGAUGCACACGGGGACCACGACCGCGGGCACAGGCGAGCUCCCCCCGGGCUGGGAACAGAGGUGGACGCCCGAAGGUAGGUCCUACUUUGUUGACCACAACACCAGGACGACUACUUGGGUGGAUCCGCGACGCCAGCAGUACAUCCGGAUGUACGGCGGGCAGAGCAGCACGAGUGGCAGUAUCCAGCAGCAGCCGGUCUCGCAGCUUGGUCCCCUGCCCAGCGGGUGGGAAAUGCGGUUGACGAACACGGCACGCGUCUACUUCGUCGACCAUAACACCAAGACGACGACCUGGGACGAUCCCCGACUCCCGUCCUCGCUCGACCAGAAUGUGCCGCAGUACAAGCGUGACUUCCGCAGGAAGCUGAUCUACUUCCGGUCGCAGCCGGCCAUGCGCAUCCUAUCGGGACAGUGCCACAUUAAGGUCAGGCGGUCACACAUUUUCGAGGAUUCGUUUGCCGAGAUCUCGCGGCAGUCGGCGACCGAUCUCAAGAAGCGGCUGAUGAUCAAGUUCGAUGGCGAGGACGGUCUGGACUACGGUGGUCUGUCCAGAGAAUUCUUCUUCUUGCUGUCGCACGAGAUGUUCAACCCUUUCUACUGCCUCUUCGAGUACUCGGCGCACGACAACUACACGCUGCAGAUCAACCCUCACUCGGGUAUCAACCCGGAGCAUCUCAAUUACUUCAAGUUCAUCGGGCGGGUGGUCGGCCUGGCCAUCUUCCACCGACGCUUCCUCGACGCCUUCUUCAUCGGGGCGCUGUACAAGAUGGUGCUCAGCAAGAACGUGGUGCUGGCCGACAUGGAGGGCGUGGAUGCCGACUUCCACCGAUCGCUGCAGUGGAUGCUCGAUAACGACAUCACGGGCGUCCUCGAGCAGACCUUCUCGACCGAGGACGAGCGGUUCGGCGUCAUCACGGUCGAGGACCUGAUUCCGAACGGGCGCAACAUCGACGUGACCAACGACAACAAGAAGGAGUACGUCGACCUGAUGGUCAAGUGGCGCAUCCAGAAGCGGAUCGCCGAGCAGUUUGAAGCGUUCAAAGAGGGCUUCCAGGACCUGAUCCCGCAAGACCUCAUCAACGUGUUUGACGAGCGCGAGCUCGAGCUGCUGAUCGGCGGUAUCGCCGAGAUCGACGUGGACGACUGGAAGAAGCACACCGACUACCGGGGCUACACCGAGUCGGACGAGGUCAUCCAGUUCUUCUGGCAGACGGUGCGGUCGUGGGAUGGUGAGCAGAAGUCGCGGUUGUUGCAGUUCACGACGGGCACGUCUCGUAUCCCUGUCAACGGGUUCAAGGAUCUGCAGGGUAGUGACGGACCGAGGCGAUUCACCAUCGAGAAGGCGGGUGAGGUCAACAAUCUGCCCAAGGCGCAUACAUGCUUCAACCGCCUGGAUCUUCCUCCAUAUAAGAAUCUGGACAUGCUGCAAGGCAAGCUGACGAUGGCGGUAGAGGAGACGAUGGGUUUCGGGCAGGAGUAAAACUACGGAGCGAGCUGGUUAUGGAUACGGUACCUUCCCACGGGCACCCCUAGUGUUUUGCAUCUUUUGAUGGUGUUGCGUCGGCCGUGGUGCUUUUUUUUUA